UUACUGAGGGCUAAAAUGGAGCACAGUGGAGGUCACCUAGACCAAGAUAACUUAUCUUGUUCCAUCUGUUUGGAUCUCCUGAAGGAACCGGCGACUAUUCCCUGUGGACACAGCUACUGUAUGAACUGUAUUACAGACCACUGGAAUGAAGAGGAUCAGAGGAGAAUCCCCAGCUGCCCUCAGUGCAGGAAAGAGUUCACACCGAGGCCUGUUCUGGAGAAAAACAUCACAUUAGCUGCUUUAGUGGAGGAUCUGAAGAAGAAUGGACUCCAAACCGCUCCAGCUGAUCUCUGCUAUGCUGGACCUGAAGAUGUGGCCUGUGACGUCUGCACUGGGAGGAAGAUGAAGGCUGUUAAGUCCUGUCUGGUCUGUUUAGUGACUUAUUGUGAGAAUCACCUCCAGCCUCACCAUGAUGUUCCUGGACUGAAGAAACACAAGCUGGUGAAUCCCUCCAAGAACCUCCAUGAGAACAUCUGCUCUCAUCAUGAUGAGGUGAUGAAGAUCUUCUGUCGUACUGAUCAGCAGUGUAUCUGUUAUCUCUGCUUAAUGGAUAAACAUAAAGGCCACGACACAGUCCCAGCUGCAGCAGGAAGGGCUGAGAAGCAGAAGGAGCUCCAGGUGAGUCGACAACAAAUCCAGCAGAGAAUCCAGGACCAAGAGAAAGAUGUGAAGCUGCUUCAACAGGAGGUGGAGGCUAUCAAUGUCUCUGCUGAUAAAGCAGUGGAGGACAGUGAGAAGAUCUUCACUGAGAUGAUCGGUUUGAUCCAGAAAAGAAGCUCUGAUGUGAAGCAGCAGAUCAGAUCCCAGCAGGAAACUGAAGUGAGUCGAGUCAAAGAGCUUCAGGAGAAGCUGGAGCAGGAGAUCACUGAGCUGAAGAGGAAAGACGCUGAGCUGGAGCAGCUCUCAGACACAGAGGAUCACAACCAGUUUCUCCUCAACUACCCCUCACUGUCAGCUCUCAGUGAGUCUACACACUCAACCAGCAUCAAUGUUCGUCCUCUGAGAUACUUUGAGGAUGUGACAGCAGCUGUGUCAGAGCUCAGGGAGAAACUACAGGGCCUCUUGAAAGACAAAGGGACAAACAUCUCACAGAAAGUCACUGAAGUGGAUGUUUUACUGUCCGAAUCAGAACAAAAGACCAGAGCUGGAUUCUUAAAAUAUUCACAAGUAAUCACUCUCGAUCCAAACUCAGCAAACAGAUUUCUCUUAUUAUCUAAGCGGAGCAGAAAAGUAACAAAGAUUAAACUAGAACAGUCUUGUUCUAGUCAUCCAGACAGAUUCACUGAUUGGUAUCAGGUUCUGAGCAGAGAGAGUCUGACUGGACGUUGUUACUGGGAGGUGGAGUGGGAAGGAACAGUUGAUGUAGCAGUUUCAUACAAGAACAUCAGCAGAGCAGGAGGAUUAGAUGAAUGUUUAUUUGGAUUCAAUGACAAAUCUUUGUCAUUACAUUGUAACAAAGAUAGUUACACUUUUUAUCACAACAGAGUUAAAACUCCAGUAUCAGGUCCAGUUUCCUCCAGAGUAGGAGUGUACCUGGAUCACAGAGCAGGUAUUCUGUCUUUCUACAGCGUCUCUGAAACCAUGACUCUCCUCCACAGAGUCCAGACCAAGUUCACUCAGCCUCUAUAUGUUGGGAUAUGGCUUUAUGAUGAUGGAUCUUUUGUUGAGUUUGUUUGACUGAAAUAGUCAGAACUGAUCUGAGGUCCAUUUGGUUAAAAUUAGUGUUUUAGUUUCAGUUUCUUUAGUCUCCAUUGUGAUUGCUGAGAACUCAUUGUUGUCAUUUCUUCACUGCUCAGAGAUCAGCUGUCUUUAUGGAGCUUCCUUGUCAUCUUGUUUGUUGUUUUGUUGAUGAUGGAGUUUGAGUGCUGCCCCCACCUGUUUUCAUUCAGCCAUGGAGGCUAUCACUUCUCUGGAAGAUUUUGAUCCAUCUAAACUAAUUAAAUUUACAUUUAUUGUUUUGUCAGACCAAGUGUUGUUCAAAUCCAUGUACAGAUGAGCUGCUGGAAACUGUAAUGAUCAUGAUCAUGAUCACCCAGUA